AUGGAUUUGCCAGUAACUCCUAAUGAGCAUGCGGCAUCGGGAUCUUUAGGAGAGAAUCCGAGCAACACAAUCAGGCAAAGACAGGGGGCCGGCAUUCGCUCGUCAUGCGAUCGCUGUCACAGACAAAAACUCCGAUGCAGACGGGACGCCGAAUCCGCCACAUGUAACCGGUGUCAACGUCUGAAAGCGCCGUGCCAAUAUAGUCGCCGGGGCUCUAAACCCUCGUCGACGGUGUAUAGAGCAGUGGGAAUCUCCAGCGAGUCACCCAGUCAAGGCUGGGUUACUUCAGCGACCGAAGAAAUAGGUUCCUUACCACUCCCGGCUUCACGAACUUUCAACUUGGACGAAAGCACUCGGUUGUCUCCUCGUGUAGCGGAUACUCUCUAUUCCAGCAGCAGCUUUCAAGAUCUUUCUUGGCCGGGAAUACUACCCGCCAUUACUGAAGAUUCCCAUGGCUUGGAUUCUUUUAUCUGCAAUUGGGAUGCCUUUCCAUUCGCUCACGACUCAAGCUGCGGUAACUCCUCGAUUGAGAACAGCAUUGAUUUGCGCGUGCAAAAACAUGAUUCAGAUCCAAGAGAUGACCUUGAAAUACGAUGUCGUGCUUCUAAAAGGCUCGCAACACUGAGUGUCGAGCUGUAUGCAUCUGUGAUGCCUAUUCCCAUACUGGAAAAGAUUCGUGUGGCCGCAGAAACGGUGACAACAGUUGAGAAUAAAUCUAGGCAAACGGUCAAACUCAUUUUCGACGACUUAUUUAAACAUACCAAAGAUUUCAACCACGUCAUACAAAGCUUGUCCUCGGCCCCUGGCCAAGGGGCUCAAACUACCUUGAUUCCAGAUGAAGCACUCAUUUCUCUGAUAUUUUCAUGCCACUGUCAGUUGACUGAAGCAUACAAAAGCCUAUUGAAUAUGAUACGAGCUUGUAUAGAGCAUUCUAUUGCUCCAGCAUUGGACACAGGCUGGGCUGUUAUCCUACCAAGGCUUCAAGUGGGCUCAGUAGCUCUUCCAAGUCUACAAGUCGAUAAUAAGAAUCCGGUAUCUUCAAGGGCCACAUCCCACAUGUACAUAACUUCGAUAACAGCGGUUAUGGCGCUGUUAUGGACGCAGAUGAUGAGCGCGGUCAAAGCGGUGGCUACAAACCAGGAGGAUGCUUGGAGCAUCUAUGGGUCUACAGCGGCAGUGAUGUGGGAUGCAAUGUCUCGGCGAACUGACGAAGUGAUGCGUAGAAUUGAGCUCACAAGUUCUUUAUUAUAGUCGAGUUAAUUGGUAUCAGGCGAGGAUUUUUGCACCGCGACGUAUUUGGUAACUGGCUUAACUAACAUUGGGACUU